AUGAGCCCGUACGUCGGGCAGAUUGCUCCGAGAAAACACGCGAUGCUGUGUCCACCUGAGACGGAUGAAAGCUCAAAUACCGAACCGAUAGGAGGAAGAGAUGCGAGCAUGCGGCAGAAGCGCAACUUUUCUCUUCUCUCCGUCUCUCGCAAGACGCUACACGGACAGGACCGCUUGGGUGCGCUGGGAGUUGUCAUUUUUCUCUUGCCUCAGGAAGCGGAUAACCAAGGUGAUAGAUCGCCUUAG